UUGAGGUUCCUGGACCACCUGAGGGCAGCAGAGAGAAGAUGGCUGGCAGCAGCAAAGAGAAGACAAAGUGGGAGUUGGAUUAAGGACACAGGGGACUUUUGCAGACGAAGACUAAACAUCCGGCACAACACCAAGAUAUUGAAGGGAGAAUGGGGCAUCAUAGAAACCUCUCAGAAACCUAGGAAAAUGAGCCUCCCCGGGAAAUCUCAAGGGCCUCCGUACACGAGAAGUAAGCACCAGAUCAGAUCAGAACCUGGUGUUUGGAGCUAUGAGGUGAGGAAACCUCUAGAAUUUCAGGAGGAGAUGGAUGCAAAGAAGGUGAAGACAGAAGAUCUCCCAAAACAUCCCCGGCCUUUCAUUGAAAAAUGUAACGUUUGGCCAGCCUACGUCACAUAUAUUGCCCCAGUGGUGAUAAGCCUCAUUGAGAAAAGCAAAGCUAGAGAACUAGAAUUCAUGAAGACCUUGGAGGAAAGUCGAGGUACACUGAGGCCCAACAAGCCUCUCAGCACCACCCAGAUGAAAAGGAGAAAGUUGGUCAAGUUGUCUGACAACUUACUCAAGGACGUGAAGUCGGGGAGCAUGUUAUCAGUGUGGGACAAUGUGUCUCGUGCCUCCACUGUCCAAGAACCCACUAACCAAGACGCCAGAGAUGGCCCCACGGCAAACUACAACAAGAUCAUCUUCUCUCGAAAACCAAUGACAAGGAUACUUCCGUACAGCUCACUUCUGGCCAGCAAGGAGAAACAUUGAAAUGUUUAGCAAGGAGUUUCCGCCGUCAUCCCCCCAAGCUCAUGUAGUAAUUAAGCUCCACUGGCCAAGUAUUUCAUUCAUGUCCUUUAAAUGUGACCCGGCCUCUGCGUGCGCUGAGGUUGCUGAGAUGCACCAGAGGAGAAUGCGGCCGUGGGUGGGCUGCAGGUGCGUCCCUCCCCACUGCAGUCACAGGGGGUCCGGAUGUUCCGGCUCUCUUUCCCAGCAUGGAGGCUUAGGACCUAACUGUAGGUGAAACGGUCUAGUCCAGGCAGGAGACAGAGAUUACACCCAGAGAUAAUAAAGAAGAAUUUUUAACCAGGCAACUGAGAAGACAGGAAGAGAAUGCAAAGGUAUCAAUGGAGGCAGCAGUGGUAGCCAGCAGCAAUCACCAGGCGCCCCCUCCCGAACCCCACCCCCCACCCCCGGCCCCCAUGGCUGGGGGGCAAAGGGAAGGUAUUGGACAUAUUACAAGGUAGAUGUUUGGAGAUGGAGCACAUGGACUGGACCUCAGAUUUCUGAGAUGGGGCACUGGGAUGAUCCUCCAUGGUGCUGGGUCUCUGAACUGAAAACUGGGCUUAGAUGAUUCUGGAAGGAACUGCCACUGCCUGAGAGAACAUGAAGCUUGCCAGGGGAAGCGAACAGGGCUGGGAAGCCAGCAGAAGGUAAAAAGAAAGCAAACCAGAAGCCAACUAGGGGCAGAAUUCCUUCUUCCUCCUCCUGCCUUGAAGGUGCCCUCCAGCGCUCACUAUGCGUAGAGCCCGUCAGGGAGGACCGCAGGAAUGAGGUUUUUGCAGAAUCAGUGCCAGCAUCUCAAAGCAUAGUAUUAAAGGAGGGACUUGAAGAGAACAUGAGCUUAAUAAUAGCAUGAUGGGGUUCUGAAUGAUUCCAUCAUAACACCCAAACUUGGUGUUGAGGUUUUUUCCCCCUUGGAGGGCUUACUAGGAAGUGGCCCUGGGGGCCCUGUGUUCCCUGGAACCUUUGCUUCUCUGUAUUUCUUUAAGGCU